UAUUUUUCGCUCCAUAAGACACUCCAAAAAAUGGGGGAAAAUGUCUGUGCAUCUUAUGGAGCGAAUAUAAUGUGCUCGGACCGGUAUUCCUUCAGUCGCCGCCACCGUGUUAGAAUACUGGGCCGGUCGCUUAGCUCUACUGUGCAGAAGAACCUGCUCCUUGGUCCUACCUGUUCCUCGGUCCAGCGGUAUCCUGCUUUCACCGGCUGUCUUCUCUCUCUGGCUCCGGCAUCUUCAGUGUGGGCACCCGGCUUCAGCGAGAAGCGCUGUGCUUUGUGAAUGGACCCGUAGUGUUCUGGGACCUGUCACGUGUCCUAAAAGACUAUGGGGAGGAAGGGGAGAGGACAACUCCUCGAAAGUGGGAGCGGGUCAUCUCCUUCUCUGGCUAUCUCCUGCAAUAUGUCCGCAGUCUCUGGUCAUCUCCUGUACUGUGUCUGCAGUCCCUGGUCAUCUCCUGUACUGUGUCUGCUGUCCCUGGUCAUCUUCUGUACUAUGUCCGCAGUCUCUGGUCAUCUCCUGCAAUAUGUCCGCAGUCUCUGGUCGUCUCCUGUACUAUUUCCGCAGUCUCUGGUCGUCUCCUGUACUGUGUCUGCUGUCCCUGGUCAUCUCCUGCACUGUGUCCGCAGUCUCUGGCCAUCUCCUGUACUGUGUCCGCAGUCUCUGGUUAUUUCCUGUAGUAUGUCCGCAGUCUCUGGUCAUCUUCUGUACUGUCUGCAGUCUAUGGUCAUCUCCUGUACUGUGUCCGCAGUCUCUGGU